AUGGACAAUGGUUACCAGCCUAGGAACAACCAGCAAGGCAACUCUCAGCCUCAGCAGAGUCCCACUCCUGGUUUUCCCAACAAAGGAAACCAAUCUUCUCAGCAGCAAACUUAUCCUUCUAGUUCUGCUCCUCAGGCCAGCAACACAGAUAUUCUACUGAAACAAAUCUUGGAGUCUCAAACUAGAAGUGAAAAGCAUGUUGGCUAUGAGCUCAAGAAUCUCCACAACAAGAUUGAUGGUAGCUACAAUGAGCUCAACAACAAGUUCAAGGCCUUGGAGAACCAGUUUGCUUCUUUGAAUACUCACCAAAACCGCCAGCAAGGUUCUCUACCUGGAAAACCUGAGCAAAACCCCAAGGAAACAAUGAAGGCUGUUACCCUUAGGAGUGGCAAGCAGUUGCCUCCUCCAACUCUCACCAAGGAUGCUGAGAAACAAGAGAAGAUUGUGGAUGCCAAAGGCAAAGGAAAGUUGGGAGAAGAGAAGCAAACAGUGAAAGAUGGUCAAGCUGCUGCUCCAGCAACUGAGAAUCCUUUUGUUCCCCCUCCUUAUGAGCCCAAACUUCCAUUCCCUGGAAGGUUCAAGAAGCAGCUGCUAGAGAAGUACAAAGCUCUGUUUGAGAAGCAGAUGAGUGAAGUUCAGAUCACAAUGCCCAUCAUUGAUGCUUUCAUGUUGGUCCCUCAAUACAGUAAGUUCCUAAAAGAUGUUGUAGCUGCAAAGAAGAAGGAGAUGCAGGGUAUGAGGAUUCUCACUCAUGAGUGUAAUGCCAUCAUUCAGAGACUUGAUGUUCCAAAGAAACUAGAAGACCCAGGAUGCUUCACACUGCCUUGUGCUCUUGGACCUAUGGUUUUUGAGAGAUGUCUCUGCGAUUUGGGAGCUAGUGUCAGCUUGAUGCCCUUGUCAGUUGCAAAGAAGCUUGGUUUCACUCAGUACAAGAAGUAUUUUGUGGUACUUGAGAUGGGUGAAGAAGCUCAAGAUCCCUUAAUCCUUGGGAGACCUUUCUUAGCUACAGCUGGAGCUAUUGUGAAUGUGAAAGAAGGCAAGAUUGAUCUCCACUUGGGUAAGAGGCACAUUCUCCACUUUGACAUCAAGGAGGUUAUGAAGAAACCAACUGUGCAAGGACAAAUCUUCUACAUUGAAGAGAUGGAUGCUCUGGCUGAUGAACUCCUUGAAGAGCUGUCUCUAGAAGAUCCUCUACAGCUGGCUUUGACAGUGGAGAAGGAGGCUGAAGUGAUUGAGAACCUGGAGAGUACUGCCUAUGGGAUGAUGCUGGAUUCACACAAGGGGUUUGAGAGUAAGGAUCAGUACGAAGAGCUGCCACAGGUGGUCCAUCAAGUAGCUUCAGUGACUCAACAAGAGAAUACCCAGCAAGAUGACUGGAGCGAGCUUAAGGCACCUAAAGUGGAGCUUAAACCACUCCCCCAUGGUGUAAGGUAUGCGUUCCUUGGCCCUAAUGAUACCUAUCCUGUCAUUGUGAGUAGUGAACUUACUGAACCUGAGAUUGCUGAACUUUUGAAAACACUUAAAAGGUUUAGAAAAGCAAUAGGUUACUCGCUUGAUGAUAUCAAAGGGAUCUCACCCACUUUGUGCAUGCAUAGGAUACAUCUUGAGGAUGAAUCAAUGACUUCUAUCGAGCAUCAAAGAAGGUUAAAUCCUAACCUGAAGGAUGUUGUAAAGAAGGAGAUUCUUAAACUCUUAGAUGCUGGUGUGAUUUACCCUAUUUCAGAUUCUUAA